CUCUCCUCCCUCCCUCCCUCCCUCCUCCACCCCCCCUUAAAAAUCCCCAAAUGUCCACCCUCACAGCCCCCAACUACCCCUCUCUCUCCUCUCUCCCUCUCUCUCUUCCCUCCCCUGCUAAACUGCGCCUCCUUUCUUAUCCUUCACUUCCCCCACCAUGGCUGCAUCAUCAUCCUCACUUUCUCCACCUUCACCCCAAGAUCUCUUAGCUCUCCCUGCCCCACCACCGCCUCCCUCCUCCACCACCUCCCGCCGCCUCCCUCCGCCGUGCUGGUCCCACGACGAAACGGUGGCCUUGAUCGAUGCUUAUUGCGACAAAUGGUACUCUCUCCGGCGAGGCAAUCUUCGAGCCAAUCACUGGCAAGAGGUCGCCGAAGAUGUAGCCAAUCGCUGCCCUGUCUCCGCCGGAAACCCUCCGAAGACCUCCGUACAGUGCCGCCACAAGAUGGAGAAGCUCCGCAAACGGUACCGUACGGAGAUUCAACGAUCGUUUUCGACUCCGAAUCACCGGUUUUCGUCAUCUUGGGUUCACUUCAAGCGCAUGGAUUGUAUGGAAAAAGGUCCCUCUGCUGUUACGGUUGAUGCGAGUCCUAUUGGUGUUGAAGCCAAUGAAGAAGGCAACGAAGAUGAGGAUGAAGAUGAGGAUGAUGAUGAUGAAGAUUUGUAUCGCAGUGUCAAGAAUCGGAGAGGUUAUGGUAAUGGGAUCGGUAGUGGAAGUGCGUUUCGGAUCAGAAUUCCUGGUCAAUCGGCACCACGGACGAAGAUGUAUAGUAAUAAUUUCGAUGUAAAACCGCAUUCGAAUGUUGAUUCGAACCCUAAUUUUGUGUCUACUAGGGUUGUAAGAAAUGGGUAUUCGGAGAGAUUAGGGUUGGGGAACAGUAGUGGUGGUGGUGGUGGUGAUGGAAUGGGGAAGAAGAGAGAGGGAGACCCGGUGGCAGAGAUUGUGACUGCGAUCAAUGCGUUACGAGAUGGGUUUGUGAGGAUGGAAAGAGUGAAAAUGGAGAUGGCGAGAGAGUUCGAGGCGAUGCGAAUGGAAAUGGAGAUGAAGAGGACCGAGAUGAUUCUCGAGUCGCAACAACGAAUUGUUGAGACAUUUGCAAAAGCAUUUUCGGAGAAGAGGAACAAGAAACCGAAGAGAAUGCCUACACCAGAAUCCUGAGUUUGUGGGUUGGGGUUAGAGUAUAGAGUGUUGUUAAUUGGGAUAUUCCCAAAAUGCAGUUCCAAGAGUUGUGGAGCUCUCUCAAAUUGGCAAAAUAGGUGGACAGGUUCAACUCACAUAACUAGUAUAUGUUAGUUUGGUAGUUAGAUUUUAGUGUUUAGAUCUACUCUGUGUAAUUUUUUGUUUUUUGUUUUUAAUUGAUUUUGUUGUAGCUUGUUUCGGAUGUAUGUUGGUUUAAUAUGAAAUUACACAUUUAGUUCCAAUGAUAUUGUUCUGUUUGUUUUUAA